AUGUUUGCAAACGCCUAUCUCAUGUUAUCAGCAGUAGCUUUACUUCUCUUGGUUCAUCACACCGAGGCUUAUUGGACAGUGAGAGAGAAAUACGCACCAAGAAAAGACGGCACAUUCUGGGCAGAGCUGACAAAGAUUGAAUUCAACGGAGUGGACUCGAGCGAGAUCAAAUGCCGCGUCAACACAAACCCAUUUCAAGAUAAAAACUCUAUCAUCUAUGGAAAGAAAUCAGGUUUUCAUGGCUGCGAUGGAGUCGAGAAAGUGUCUCUUCACGGAAACAACCGAGUAUUGCACUAUCUCACUGUGCUGGAUUCUGAAGAAGUUCUCAAUUGUGUCUUGGCUGAGAAGACAUCUGUGUACAAAGAGUAUAUUUGCGGUAAUGCUACCCCUGCCGCGCUGCCUGUUGGUGAAGUCCCUGUUUCUAUAGCUGCAAAUGUUGCCUCCAGCACUACUAACAGUGGCUUGACUGUCAGUAUUACCACAGUUACUUACAUCCCUUCAUUUACUAAUGGUGUCGCAUGCGUCUCUGGUUACAGUGGACAAAGAAACGGAGGCGGUGCAACAGGUGCCUGCUGUAACCAUAGUGAUGAUUGUCUCGAUACCUGUGUCCAAGGUGUAUGUGGAAUUACUCCUUGA